GUCAACUGGUUUUCUGCAGACAAAGAUGGCGGUGCGGAAGAAGGACGGCGGCCCGAAUGUAAAAUAUUUCGAAGCGUCUGACACCGUUUCCCAGUUUGAUAAUGUCCGCGUUUGGCUGGGAAAGAAUUAUAAAAAGUAUAUACAGGCUGAGCCCCCCACCAAUAAAUCGUUGUCCAGCCUGGUGGUCCAGCUGCUCCAAUUUCAGGAGGAGGUUUUUGGGAGACAUGUUAGCAACCCUCCCCUCACAAAAUUGCCGAUGAAGUGUUUUCUAGACUUUAAGUCUGGAGGGGCUCUAUGUCACAUUUUGGCUGCUGCCUACAAGUUCAAGAGUGACCAAGGAUGGCGCAGGUUUGACUUCCAGAAUCCUUCGAGGAUGGAUCGGAAUGUGGAGAUGUUCAUGACGAUUGAGAAGUCCUUAGUGCAGAACAACUGUUUGACUCGGCCUGUUAUCUACCUGAGUUCUGACAUAGAACCAAAGCUGCUCGGCAAACUGAAAGACAUUAUCAAAAGGCAUCAGGGCUCAGUGACUGAGGACAAAACUUCCAGCUCCCAUAUUGUGGUGCCUAUUCCUACCAGCCUGGAGGAAGAGGAGUGGGUGCGUCCUGUGAUGAAGAGAGAAAAGCAGGUUCUGCUCCACUGGGGAUAUUUUCCAGACAGUUAUGACACCUGGAUCCAAGCCAGUGAGAUUGAGGCUGCAGUGGAGGAUCCUCCCAGCCCAGAAAAACCCAGAAAGGUUCAUGCAAAGUGGAUUUUAGACCUUGAUCAGUAUAAUGAGUGGAUGAAUGAGGAGGACUAUGAGGUGGGAGAGGGCUGUCCCAAAAGGAAGAGGAUCUCUGCCAAAACACUUACGGAUGAGGUGACCACACCUGAUGAGCGGAGGGAUAAGAAACCUGGCAGUGCCAAGAAAAGAAAGCGAUCGCCUUCACCUUCACCAACCCCUCCGCCUCAGGAGAGCAAGAAAAAAAAUACCAAAAAAGGGCCAACGACUCCGUACACCAAGUCUAAACGGGGUCAUAGGGAGGAGGAACAGGAGGAGCUGUCCAAGGACCAAGACGAAGCCUCACCUGUUCCUGCGUCUGAGGAGGGAAACACAGCAAAAACGAAUAACACCAAGAAGGACUCUGAAUCAACUCCAGUUAAAGGAGGAACUGAUAUGGAUGAACAAGAAGAUGAGUCCAUGGAGACAACGGGGAAGGAGGAGGAGGAGGGCUCUCCCAGUGUAAAGGGUGAACCAGUGAAGAGUUCAGACCUUCACGAGGACAAUGUGACCGAGCAAACCCACCACAUCAUCAUACCGAGCUACGCUGCUUGGUUUGACUACAACAGUGUUCAUGCCAUUGAGCGGAGAGCCCUGCCUGAGUUCUUCAAUGGAAAGAACAAAUCGAAAACCCCUGAGAUUUAUCUGGCAUACAGGAACUUCAUGAUCGACACCUAUCGACUAAACCCUCAGGAGUACCUGACCUCCACUGCCUGCCGCAGAAACCUGGCUGGAGAUGUGUGCGCCAUCAUGAGAGUUCAUGCUUUUCUUGAGCAGUGGGGGCUGAUUAACUACCAGGUGGACUCAGAAAGCCGGCCCACACCCAUGGGACCCCCACCAACCUCUCACUUUCACGUCCUUGCAGACACUCCUUCAAGUCUGGUGCCCCUGCAGCCCAAGACAUCCCAGGUUUUUAAAUACUCACAUAGAACUGCAGCAAGAAGGUGGCAGAUGUUAUCUUUCAUUUUGGCUUCUUUCAUUGAAACCCCCCAGACGCCAGCCACCCAGCCGAUAAUGUCGUUCCCGGACAAGGUGAAGGAUAAGCCCACAGAUUUGCAAAACUUUGGGCUGCGGACCGACAUGUACAGCAAGAAGACUGGAUCAGCAAAGAGCAAGACUGAAGCAAGCUCUAUGAGGGAGUGGACAGAGCAGGAAACGCUACUACUACUGGAGGGGCUGGAGAUGUACAAGGAUGACUGGAACAAGGUGUCUGAACACGUAGGCAGCCGAACACAAGAUGAGUGCAUCCUGCAUUUCCUGCGGCUGCCAAUUGAGGACCCAUACUUGGAGGACAGCUCCUCCACUCUGGGCCCACUGGCCUACCAGCCAGUUCCUUUCAGCCAAGCAGGAAACCCCGUCAUGAGCACUGUGGCCUUCCUUGCUUCGGUAGUCGACCCCCGUGUGGCCUCAGCUGCUGCCAAAUCUGCUCUUGAGGAAUUUUCCCGUAUGAAAGAGGAGGUCCCUGCAGCGCUUGUUGAGGCUCACGUUCGCCGAGUUGAAGAAGCAGCGAGAGUCAGUGGUCGACAGGAUCCCCUGUACGGCCUGGAGGGAAGCGGCAUUGCAGGCACUGGCUUAGAGGAGGGAGAACGGCCUGAUGAAAGCAGCGAUGAAAGUAAGAGUGACACCCAAUCGAGUGAGGAAAAAAGAGAUGCCAAGGAGAGCAAAGAUGGAGCAGUAGAAGAGGAGGAGAAGCAGGUGGAGAAUGGAAAGAAAGAAGAAGAAAGAGGAAGAGAAGCUGAAGGCGAGAGGGAGGCAGAUAAAACAGAGCCUGAAAUGGGUGAUGGUGAUAAGGAGAAGGAUGCUAAAGAGGGAACAGAGGAGGGACAAAGAGAAGGGGAGAUUGAAGGAGAAAGGAAGGCUAAGGUAGAGCGUGAUGUGGGAGAGGGAAACCUGGCAACUGCUGCUGCCUCCGCUUUAGCAGCUGCUGCGGUCAAAGCCAAGCAUCUAGCUGCAGUAGAAGAGAGGAAAAUCAAAUCUUUGGUGGCUCUGCUGGUGGAGACCCAGAUGAAGAAGCUUGAGAUUAAACUGCGACACUUUGAGGAACUGGAAACCAUCAUGGACAGAGAAAGGGAGGCUCUGGAAUACCAGCGGCAGCAGCUGCUGGCUGACCGUCAGUCCUUCCACAUGGAGCAGCUGAAAUACGCUGAGAUGAGGGCUCGCCAGCAGCACUUUCAGCAGAUUCAGCACCAGCAGCACAGCCAGCCUGGAGGCCCUCACUCCAACCAGGCAACCUCAGCCCCGCCACCCCAAGGCCCGAGUGCCAGCCAGCCUGCUCCCAGCACACCAGCUCCACAGGCAGCUCCUAGUCCUGCACCACCAGCUUCUUCCGCUCCGCCUCCUGAGUCUCAACCCUCUGCAGCCACUCACACACCAUCUCCCUGCCCGCCUGGCCAGGGUCCAACCCCUCACUCCAGCUCCAGCACUACACCCGUACACCACGAGCCCAGCGCUCCUCACCAAGGUGAGUCACUCCACCCGUCAGCUCCUGUUCCUGCGUCACAGUGAGAAAAACAGAAAUAAAUAGCCUGAGAAUCAAAAUGACUGACCAUUUCAAACCCUGCUUGUAUCAUCUGAAAUGAAGACAUCAUCAAUUGAUGGAUGAGAAGACAUUUUACAUGAUUCGUUUUUGUUUUUCUACAAGGCAAUUGACUUGAAGAUCAUAAUGUAAAUGAAUCCACCUCUUUGUUUCCAAACAGGUAAUUUUAGAAUACAAAUGACUCCUAAGGAAAACUAUUUGUUUUUUUAAAUGAACAGCAUCAAGUCAAGUUCAUGGUGAACAUCUGUAAAACAGACAGUUUUGCCAGCAUGUCAGAGCAGAGAACAACAAGAGCUUCAUGUGUUGGCUUUGUUUUGAACAUCGUUUUGAACAUUAUGUUCCUCCAGUAGAUUGUGAUAGCUGUGUAAGUCUCAUAGUUCAUCAUCUCUACAGUGGCCCAGCCUCCGUGUGAUCUAGGUACGUUUUCAAACAUACAUGUUUGUAAGGAAAAGCACUUUUUUCAUUGAAAGUCUUGCUCAAAGACUUAAAAACAUCUGUCGUAUUGAACUCUAGCACUUAUAUAUAUUUUUUUGUUGUUUUUUAAACUUCUUCAAAUCUGCUUGUGUUUAUGUUACAUGGACAAGUUGCGUCUACAGGGUUGAACCUGAAGGUUACAUGACCCAUUUCCUGUAAUGAAGGAAGACAUUUUAAAUGCUAAAUUAGCUAAUCUAAGGUGGCAUGCAGUUAAGAACGUACUGUAAACUGGAUUUUCUGUUAAAAGCUCACCUUUUUGUGUCAAACUAUGAUGCUGUGGAAACCUAAAGACUGAAGUCCUAAAAAGACUUCCCUUUUUUUUAAUCUAAUUUUUCCCCUAUAAUGCCAGCAGCAUUUAAAGAAAAACCCCUCAGUGUGGAUGAACUGUAAGCCUCCAGUUCUAAAUGUAGUUAUGCUCAGAAGAGUCUUUGCUGACAGCAACACCUUAUGAAACAGUAUUAGAUGCUGUUAUGUAAACCAGAAUGUUUUCUUUUAGUAUGGUUGCUUGGGAAGCUUUUUUUUUUUUUGGCAACUUUUGUUUGUUUUUUGUAUGUAGAAAAUUGGAAGAAACUCCAAUUCUGUCAAAAACAAGGGAACACCUUAAAACCCAAUCUUUUCAUUGUUUUCACUUUAUAUCCUAACAGUUUUUUUACAUGAUUUUUUUUUUUCAUCUUUAUCCUUGAUAUGUCAACAUUGUAACUGUAUAUUAUUAUCUUUGUAGCCUGUAUCUACCCUAGCCAUCUAUGUGUGCCGUCUGGACUGUUUUUGCCAGAUCUGUCUGAGACGUGACUGUGACCAUGUGUGCCCCCUGCCAUUAAGACUUGUAAACAACAUUACCUUUCAGUUUUUUUAUUAAGUGCCAUCAGUUGUGUGAUCACCAAGUCUGGAAAACAAAAGAAUUUUGUUACACACACACACACACAACGCGUCACUUCAGUGUUAUUAAAUAUUCCAAUCAGAUGGUGAAAUUUUACAGUUAAUGUCCAACUAGCCAGUAUUGCAGUCCUCACCUCAGCCGUGAGCAUAAAUGGACAUCUUUUAUCUGUGUUAUUACAUUGUGUGAAUUUUGUGAUAUGAAAUAAAUGUCUGCUCAGUUUCUGUAUGUUUUUUCACUUGGCUCAAGGUAGCAAGUGUGGUAUUAUACAGUAGACAUGAUUUUUUUUCCUCUGUAAAUCAUCACAUUAGUGCCGAAAGUUUAUUAAUAAACAUCAGACGCGGUUGAAAUAUGAAAUCUUUGUGGAAAAAAUAAAGAUGUGAAGAGGA